AUGGGUAAAAGAUUGUUCAAUCGUGCAGCAAUCGGGAUCCUGAUCCUGGUUCUGUUCGAUCACGGUCUCUGCCUCUCGGAGAAAGGAAGAAUAGCUCUGCAAAAGGCACUUCGAGGUGUCGAUCUCGAAAAACGUCUCGAGAGGCUGCAGAAACUUGGCAGACACAGAGGUAGAGCUGGGUCAAACAAUACAAGACCGAUCCCGACACUUCCUGACCUAACUGGAGAGGAUGCGAGUAUAUUCUUUUGUUGCGGAGCACUUGCAGCAGAAGACAUGCCUAGUGGCGAUGGUUCGUCUAUUCUAGAGGUGAACAGAGUGGAAGGCGUUGAUGAGUACCUGUUUGAUGGUGAUAUCAUCCUUACCGACGAGGAACUAAAAGCACUUGAAAAUCAAGCGGAAAGUAGUGCUCGCAAAAAACGUCAGAUUUCAACGACUUCUACGAAUUGGGCGGACAACACGGUCUACUACUACUUCGACGCCACUAUACCAGCAGGAAAUCAAGCUUACAUUAAAGCCGUGCUAAAAUAUCUUUCUGGACGUACAUGCAUCAAUUUUGUGGAAAAUCCUACAGCUCCUAAUCGCAUUCAAGUUUUUGACGGAGCUGGAUGUUACUCAGCAGUUGGGAUGCGAGGAGGCGAACAACCUUUAUCGUUAUCUCAAGGCUGUAUAGUUAUUGGCACUGUUGCGCACGAAUUCAUGCAUGCUCUGGGAGCACUGCACAUGCACAUGCGAGAUGACAGAGAUAAUCAUAUCAAAGUUGAUCUGACCAAUGUUCCGGAAGCUAGACAACACAACUUCAUCAAGGAGGCCAGUACAAUCAAUCUUACACCUUACGAGUACGGUAGUAACAUGCAUUACUCUAGGGGAGCGCACUUCCAAAUGUCGAUCUUGAAAAACGCCACGAAAGGCUACAGAAACUUGGUGGACACAGGGGGAGAGUUCGAUCAAACAGUACAAGACCGGUCCCUACCCUUCCUAUUCCCAACGGAGAGGAUGUGGGGAGCACUUGCAGGAGAAGAGAUGUCAAGUGGUUCGGAUGGUUCGUCUAUUGUAGCUGUGAACAGUGUGGAAGGUCUUGAUGAGUACCUGUUUGAGGGUGAUAUCCUUCUUACAGACGAAGAACUAAGUGCACUCGAAAAUGAAAAUGAAAAUGAUGAAGGUGGUGCUCGCAAGAAACGUCAGAUCUCAUCGAUUUCUAAGAAUUGGGAGAACAAUACGGUUUUUUACUAUUUCGACGCCAGUAUAGGAGCGGCAAAUCAAGCUUACAUUAGAUCAACGCUCAAAUAUCUCAGUAGUCGUACAUGUAUCGACUUUGUUGAGAAUCCUACAGCACCUAAUCGUAUUCAAGUUUUUGAUGGAUCUGGAUGUUAUUCGUCAGUCGGGAUGAAGGGAAACGAACAAACGUUAUCAUUGGCUCAAGGCUGUAUUGUUAUUGGCACUGUUGCGCACGAGUUCAUGCACGCUCUGGGAGCAUUGCAUAUGCACAUGCGAGAUGACAGAGAUGAUCAUCUCAAAGUUGAUCUGACAAACGUCCCGGAAGCCAAACAAUCCAACUUCCUCAAGCAGACCAGAUCGAUCAAUCAUUCACCAUAUGAAUACGGUAGCACCAUGCAUUACUCUAGCGACGCGAUCUGCUGCUCCGGACAGCUGAAUCAGAUUUGGCCAAGCGCCCUCAACCCGACUCCGAUUGUCUCAUACAGUAUUCGUCAAGCGGCAACGUUCACUUACCAGUACAGAUACGUCUAA